AUGUUAAAGUUUUAUUCUUUUUUCAGCAUUGCCAUUGCUGUAGGAGCAAUUUACAACUCUUUCAAUGUCAAUAAGCAAUUUUACCCAUCAGUCUUAUAUCUGAGCACAAAUAAAAUAAAUAGAACAAUAUUAGUAAAUUUUGCCAUAAUGUUUGUUUCCAUAUUGAUAAUGAUGUUCUUAAAAUUUAUGUUCGGAAAAUUAAAGGAAUUAGAAAAAAUUGUAUGAGUUAUAUUUAUUAAUGAAUAGUCUGUGAUUGAUAAGACAAAGAGGAAAAUAUUGGAAGUAGCAUAUUUAUUAUUCUUUUUUUACGUGUCAUUAGAUUGGAAAUUUAUAUGUAAAAAUGAUCAUAGAGUUUUUUAGUUUUAAUGCUUUGGUUGAUAGCGCUUUCAAUAAUCCAUUGGGUUUCAAAAAAAAGAGCUGGAUUUUUGAUUGCAGAAUCCUCAUUAACUUUUAGUGAUCAUGCCAAAUUAUUGAUGACUUUCAUCAUACUAUUUUAUAUUGAUAUAAAAGUAGCAAAUUAGAAUUAUUUUAGUUAGAUAAGUCUCUAUUUUUUUUAUGGAGCAGAAGAGAAAUUUUAAGACCUAUUGUUUAGUUUUGAAUUUGCACUUUUGCCAAUUCGAAUGGUUCUGCCAGUAAUAAAAUAUGUAUUCAAUCUCUUUGAAAUUUUAACUUAUUCUUAAUUCGAAUCUAAACAAACUAUCUUUUCUGCUUUAGAAGUCUUAUCAAAAAUUUUAAAAUUAAGUGUAUAAAUUAUACUAUUUCAACAUGUGUUAAAUACACAAGGAUUUUUACUGAUUUUGCUUGUAGAUAUAGUUGAAAAUGGAAUUGCUUUGUAUAAAAAAAUAAAAGCUGUUUAUAAUCAGAUUAAACUGGUGAGAAUGAUAAAUAGGAUUUAAGAUGUAGAAAAAAAUGAAUCUCAUGAUUCCACAUGUUUAAUCUGUCUUAAUGAAUUAGAAAAAGGGAAAUUACUAUAAUGUGGUCAUGUUUUCCAUAGUAGUUGCUUAAAAACAUGGAUCUCAGGUAAUUAAAAUCAAUUUUGUCCAAAAUGCAAGUCCACUAUCAAAUUAGAGGAAAAAUAAGUUUUAAAAAAUGAUACUCAGGAUAUACGUUUGAAAAAAUAAAUAUUGUUGUAGGAAUUAAGGGAAAUUCGAGACAACAUAUAAAUCUUAAAGAUUUUAAACCAAUAUCCAAACUUAUAAAAUAAUGUAUAGAAUACUUAAGGUAUUGGAAAUUUGUAAUAUGCAUUACCAUGUGAAGCUUUACAAUUUACUACUGGACAAACUGAAAUCAAAAGACAGCAAAUGAAUUAUAUGAAUAAGAUAAUUAGAGCAAUAGAAUAAGGGAUCAUUGAAAGUCAUUUGUUAAUAAAAUGA